CUCAGGUCCAGUCGACGCCAUCAUGCCGAAGGUGAAGCAGAAGAAGCGCAACGGUGCCCCUCAUGGCAGUCCCUACUCGGAUGCCGCGGUCAAGGCCAAAGCUGCCAACAGCGUCUUCAAGAUGAACACAGACAUCGGACAGCACAUCUUGAAGAAUUCCGGAAUCGCCGACAAGAUCGUGGAGAAGGCCGACUUGAAGCAGAGCGAUGUUGUGCUUGAAAUUGGCCCAGGAACGGGAAACCUGACGGUCAAGAUGCUCGAGAAGGCAAAGAAGGUUAUCGCGGUGGAAUUGGACCCCCGAAUGGCGGCGGAAGUCACCAAAAGAGUCCAGGGAACCCCGGUCCAGAAGCGGUUGGAGGUCAUCCUCGGAGAUGUGAUCAAGACCGAACUCCCAUAUUUUGAUGUUUGCGUCAGUAAUACUCCCUAUCAGAUUUCCUCCCCCCUCACGUUCAAACUCCUUGCCACCUCGCCUGCACCUAGGGUCUGCAUUCUCAUGUUCCAGCGGGAAUUUGCCCUCCGACUCUUUGCCAAGCCCGGUGACAAGCUCUACAGUCGCCUCUCCGUCAAUGCCCAGAUGUGGGCCAAGAUCGAUCAUAUCAUGAAGGUGGGCAAAAACAAUUUCAAGCCGCCGCCGCUCGUCGAAUCCAGCGUGGUUCGCCUAGUCCCGAAAAACCCAAGGCCGCAGAUCAACUAUGACGAGUGGGACGGUCUGCUGCGGAUCGUCUUUGUAAGGAAAAACAAGACCAUUCGAUCGAGUUUCCUCGGUAAAUCUACCAUCAUGGAUAUGCUAGAGGCCAAUUAUCGGACCUGGUGUGCCCAGAACGACAUCCCAGUCGAGGAUGGUCCGGCGGAGAACACGGAUACGGAUGCAAUGGACACCGGAACCCAUCAAGACGAGGAAGAAGAGCCUGAUGAAGCCAUGGAAGUGGAUGAUGAGGAUGAUGUACCCGACUUUUUCAAGGAGCAAGCGAGUUCUCGCGUUGAGCAGGCUCUCAAGAACCGGCCAGCUCGUAAAAAGCGAGGGAAGGUCGCAGAAUUGGUACGAGAGAAGGUACGACAAGUAUUGGAGGAUGAGACAAAGCUCGCAGAGAAACGUGCAAGAAUGUGCGAUGAGAAUGAUUUUCUGAAGCUGCUGUGGGCAUUUAACCAAAAAGGCUUUCACUUCAGCUGAAAUUGGCCGAGAUGGGAUGGUGUUGAAGGAACCUAGGAAUGAUCGACCGCCCUCUCUUCUCCCUUUUUCUUGUUCAUCCCUUUUUUCUUUUCUUUUCUUUCUUUUUUUUCUUUAACCGGCCAUCGUCUUCAGCUUUCGUUCUUCCUAUUGUUUCCUAGUCGGUGCUGUGAAGGGGCGCCAAAUGUAUAGAGAUGUGGGUCAUUAAUGAGUUAUGAUUAUUAUCAUUGCAAGCCAUUCUCGGGGGAUCGGUCACCAGCAGGACGAAGAUGAGCCCGAGAGUCCUGGAAUAGACUUUGCCAGAUGAAUGCCUCGCUCAAAAGAAGCUCUAUGUCUUUCUCUGUCCAGUCUCUUGUCGGAAGAGCCUGUAAAAACAUCAUAAUCUCUUGGAAAUCCAUCUUCACCAACUGAU